ACUUCCUCUUCUGAGCAUCAAUAUAAACUGGGCAGAAGACGGCUCUCAUCCUAGACUUGCUUCACUCCUCAUCUGAUCUCAGCCUCAUCAUGUCACUGCUCUCUUAUUUGCUGCUGGCAGCUACUGCAUCCUACUGCUUCACAACCCUCUUUGCAUUUCCAAUGGAGGGCUUGGGGACCCACAGGAACUGUCAGUGUGUGACCACCUCCACAGCUGUAAUCCCACCUCGGUUGUUCCAGAGGGUUGAGAUCCUGCCUCCGGGAGCAAACUGUCGCAAAACUGAGAUCUUGAUUACCAAAAAGGACAACAAAGUAGUUUGCAUAGACCCUAAAGCACCAUGGAUCAACAAAUUCUUCACAAGAGUAAUGAGCAAAUAAUCUGUUUAGGAAUGUUCCGUGCCCACUGUGGCAUAGAUCAAAGCGGACAAGAACAACUGUGAUGAAGACAUUUUCGUUAAAUAGGCAACUCACGUGUGCUGAAUGUUUUUAAGCCAUAUGGUAACAUUUGUUACCAUAGGCUAUCUACAACAUCUGUCAUUAUCAUUUUGAAAUAAAACAAUCACAAACUUA